ACUUGCAUAAAAGGCGUUCACAUCAUUUUUAUUUCGUCUGUGUUUCUUUGUUAUGUGCGUGCUAUUAAUAUACAAAAUCGUUAUUUGUAUUAUCCAAAGUUGUUUGUGAAAAUUCAACGUCAAAGCCACAAUAUGUCGUCUGAAUCAGAAUUCGGAAAAACAUUAAUUGUAAACAUAGGAAAUUUUGAAAAGAUUCAACAUUUUUUAAAUGAUAAGGAGAAGUACAAGGAAAUACUUGAAAACAGUGAAAAUUUUAACACUCGUCUGUGCAUUGAACGCCGUCUUCGCAUGCCAUUCCUAGAUCCUCAGACAGGGGUCGCACAAACACAUUGUUCCCUUUUUAUGAAAAGAAAACAGCGGAUGCCAGGAUUUCGACAUGGCCAGAUAUACACUUAUCCAUCGACUCGCUGGCGCAAACCUAAACGUCAGUAUUUACUUAACCCGAAUCAGAGCUACCGAGCUUACCAAUAUCGCGAAAACAAUCUUCAGCACUACCAGCAUCAACCUUAUCAAAAUCACCACCAUAUUCCUUCGCCUGGCGUUGCUGCCACACGAGAUCUCCAUAUUCCUGAAAGCGCAGCCAUUAUAUCUACGGAUGGAAACUCUAUAGGGACCUCUGGAGACAAUGAUAGUAAAGACUCACAUGCAAACGCCGAGAAGGAAUGGUUUCACGAUGAAAUUGACCCAUCACAUUAUCAUCACGGCGAUGAUUAUGAGGACGAUUUUGACUCGGAUAACGAUUUUGAUGAGUCAUACAGCAGCAGAGGAAAACGAAAAAAAGGGUCGCGUCUUCGAAGAACAAAUGCAAGCAUGGAGGGCACUCCUAGACGUGGUCGCAAAGGCAAUCGUCGUAAAAAUGCUGUUGAUGGAGAAGUAGAUCGUAGACGUCGAGGUGGUGGAAAUAGUGCAAAUACGUCUGCAGCCGCCGCUGCAGCUGCUGCAGCCGUCGCACACGCAGCUAGUACAGCAGCUGUCGCCACAGGACUCCACGCAUCUAACUCAAACUCGGCUUCGCCCAUUCCUACAAAUGACGACAACUCGCAAACAGUUCUGAUAAUGCCAACAGCUUCAUCGUACGAAAAGACUUCAAACGACACUGGAGCUUCCAAUGAUUCUAUUUCUUUAGCGACCAUGGUUGGUAUACAUAUGGACUUAGUUGCAACUUCUAUCUGCAAUACCUCAACGGUACAAGCCGCAUCAAACACCCCUGCGUUUACUGCAACAGCUAAUGCUAAUAAGGUAAAACAAGAUGUAGAUCGCGAUAUAGCACAACCCUCUCCUUACUGUGACUUUUGCCUGGGAGAUCAACAGGAAAACAAAAAAACCAAUCUGCCCGAAGAACUAGUUUCGUGCUCAGACUGUGGUCGCUCCGGUCAUCCAUCGUGUCUGCAAUUCACAGCAAAUAUGAUAAUAUCAGUGAAACGUUAUCGUUGGCAAUGUAUUGAAUGCAAAUACUGCUCCAUCUGUGGGACCUCUGACAAUGACGACCAACUAUUAUUUUGUGAUGAUUGUGACCGUGGUUACCAUAUGUAUUGCUUAUCACCACCGCUCGUUACUCCACCGGAGGGUUCUUGGAGCUGCAAACUAUGCAUGGAGGAAUUCCAUAAAAAUAAUUAAGACACCAUUUACGAUUUCUAAAUUUUGUAAUAAACGAAUUAUGCGGUACUUUCUUACUAAUACAUGUGUAUAUUAAAAA